GCAUUUCAGGAAUAUGGGCAUUUUCUUGAAACUCUCUACAAGACAAAAGCAAAAAGACAACAGUUACAGACACAAGAUGUAUCUCUAAAUUACAUUGGCUAUUGGACAGAUAAUGGUGCCUAUUACUAUUACCAUACAGAGACUACCACAAACAAUAAUAGUAAGACCUACCAAGAUACGCUUAUUGACGUUCAAAAGUAUAGCGAGUCUGUCAGAUUACCUUAUGGGUAUAUACAGAUUGAUUCUUGGUGGUAUUAUAAAGGUUUUCAGGAUUCAGUAAAGACGUGGGAAGCCAGACCAGAUGUUUUUCCUAAUGGGAUCGGGUUUCUUCAUAGGAAAACAGGUCUUCCGAUAGUUGCUCACAACAGAUAUUGGGGACGUGAUACAUCAUAUGCCAAGAAAAAUAAUGGAAGUUUCACUUUUAUUGUGGAACGAAUUUUAUCUUUGCCAGAUGAUGAAAUGUUCUGGCCAAAUUUGUUUAGGACUUCCAAGAAGUGGGGUUUAGCAGUUUAUGAACAAGACUGGCUAGACAUUCAAACACUUGGUCUGGCUGCUCUUCAGACUGACCUCUAUCUGGGGGAGCGCUGGAUGACAAGAAUGGGAGGGGCGGCACAGGAUCAGAACCUCACCAUGCAGCUCUGUAUGUCCCUCCCUCGUCACGCCCUGACAAGUGUUACCCUACCCGCCAUUACACAGGCAAGGGUGAGUCAAGAUUAUCAUUUAGAACCGGAGCAAUGGCGGAUUGGAAUAUCUUCAAUGCUGGCGUCUGCUAUAGGUUUGGCACCAUACAAGGACACUUUCUGGUCUACACAUCAACAAACUGGUAACCCCAGAUAUCCAGAUAUCAGAGAGCCCUACCCAGCAUUAGAGGCGUUAAUAUCCACACUCAGUGCAGGCCCUGUAGGGCCAGGAGACCAAAUAAAUAAUUCCGACGUCGAACUUAUCAUGAGAUGCUGCGAUGGAAACGGUCGCCUGCUUAAACCGUCACGUCCCGCCACUGCCAUUGACAAACAAAUCAUUAAGGCUGCCAUACCUUCAGCUGACGGACCUGUUGGAGAAGUUUGGACAUCCUACACAACUAUUGUCUCUGACCGACCACGUGACUUUGGUAUCCUCAUGGCAACCAAUCUAUCAUCCCCAUACACCGUCAGGAAUUCAGACACUGGGUUCCCUGACAGUCUGAGGUCAGCUUUAGUGUUUCCAUUUGGCUUACCAGAAAUGUGGCAACCGUUUGAUGACGAUCACCCAUUGGUUCUGGACAAUUGUACCCGUGAGGACUUCUGCUUGUACUUAUUUAGUGCGAGAGAAACGGGUCUGAAUGGGACAGAUAUCGUUAUAUUCGGAGAAAUUUCUAAAUGGGUGCCUAUGUCACCUGAGAGGGUUACAAACAUUGUUCAUGCCGAAAUCAACAUGCGGGUUGGGAUCCGAGGUAAACCGGGAGAAACGGUUACCAUGGCAUUCUUAGUAAAUAACUCUACACGCCGGUCUUCAUGUCAGAUCGAUACAUCAGGUACAGCGAUGUUGGAUGCAUUAUAUGGAUGCAGUCCAAGCGGUGCAACAUCUCAUCAACCGUACGGACCAACUUCAGAUUCGACAUCACAUAGUUUAUCCACAAAACAUCUUUCCUCAGGUCAACCGACGUCGUAUGGACCGACAUCAGACCAGACGACACCUCACUCUUUAGCUAGUGUUCUUUAUAAACAUUACAGCUUAUGGCUUCUGAUC